AUGGCCGAAUAUACAAUCUACACACGGGUAUACUCAGAAAGGAGCGCCGGUAAACUUAGCUCCGCCAAGAGACCCGCACACAAUGCAUUAAUCCACUCUGAGCUCCUCGACGAGUUUCGAAAUCAUGCGAUCCGAGAGAGUACAAAGCCGACAGCUUUAAUCUCGGCGAGUAGCCGAAUCAUUGAUACCGUUAGGCGCGUUUUCGAUAAGUGGUAUACAGACGGCGAGUCGCUAGAAGAUAUCUGGAUUGCCUUCAUCGGAAUCCCGACCACUGUAGAUGAGUCUCUCACCCCAGUGCAUGCGGCACGACACUUGGCAGAGGAAUGUGAGCUUGAAGAACCGAAUUUAUUCUAUUACGAGUACGUAUUCGAAUGGAUAAUACCUGACAAAUAUGUCUUGCAUCAGGUCUCUCUGCAGACCCUGAUAGAUCGUGGGCUCGACUGGGAAAAGUAUCUUUUUGCGGAUAGUCAUGGCGGUCGAAUUGUAUCUACAGAGGAAUUGCGAGAGCGUGUUGCUGUAGACCUUCUACCUCGACAAGCACGGCAUGACCCUUGGGGAGUCGGUAUAUACUUGGCGCUUUUUGCACGAAAAUUUGGAGCGAGGGCUCCUCUCGGCUGGGUUGCUCACCAGCUGUUCUAUGACUGUGUGAGAAUAAAGGUCCUCGACGAUUAUGCAGUACUGGUGAAAUGUGGAGAUGAUUUUUCAAAUAUCGUUGAUUUUGAACUCUUUCUUGAAUUGGAUGAUGGAAUUGAUACUGGUUUGUGUGAAUGGUGGCUCACAGGUACCGAGUUUGAACUCAACUUCAGCGAAUUCGACGAGUGGCGAGCUGAGGAAGAGCAUGAUAUCUGGGGAACUUGGUACUAUCCCGACUAUGAUGGAAUAGCCGAGGAAACAUCUGAAAGGGAAAGACUGCUACCAAAUAAGGCAUGGGACAAACUAUCGACCAAGCAUGAAAAAAUUAGAUCAGCUAUUGAAGCGGAAGCGGUAAAAAUAGGGCUAUAA